AUGUUGAACCUCCCAAACACUCUAAUCGCUCUCCUCGCCGCUGCAGGUAGCGUCUAUGCGCAGCUUCCGCGACCUCUCAUCAACUACCCUCUCGGCUUGAGCCCAGUCUUUGAUGAAGGCUUCUUCGCUGGUACCGUUGCUCCUGCUGCUACAAUCGUGCAAUGGGCUCCAGGCAAAGCGCCUCAAGCCUGUGUCAACGAACUUGCCUGGAACAACUGCUUGUCCGGGCGUGCUGUCGUAUACAACGUCACUUACGCCGAUUGUCCUACUCCAUGGAUCAUGUGCCGCUGCGACAAUGCGGACUUGAGCAUCUACCAAAUGACCAAUUUCUUUGGCCGCAUGCCAGUCCAUCUUCGCAGCACUGUUCGCCAUGUUAUUGCAACUCACGGAGAGGGCUGCAGUGCCUAUGCUAUUACCGGACCCGAUGAUGGUGAUAUCGUCAUGCAGGGAAACUGUAAUACUCAAUCUGUUUGGCUUCAUGAGACUGGUCACCAACUUGAUGCCCGAGGUCUUGGAACGGGUGUAGGAUUUAGCACAUCCCCAACCUUUAUCAAUGCCCUUUGGAAUGACACCUGUGUCGCAGACGACUACGGAAACACCGCCCCUUGGGAGGAAUUCGCCCAAAUGACCGUUGUCUCUCAAUCACACACCAUCUAUGGUUAUAUCCAACAACAACAAUACCCCGGAUGCUUCAAUAGCCAACUCAAUGCCCUCGAGACUACCUUCAAGACCAGCCACUUGACGUAUGGAGGAACUUGCCACACUAGAAUCCCAGCCACCCCAACUGUCAAUGCUGUCUGGAAGCGUGGUCGCAUUGAUCGUCGCGGUGGUAAGAGAGUCGGACCAUGCAAAUUCGACCAUCUUGUUGGCGGGCAUAAGCAUUAA